AUGUCUCGAAAUCGUGAGCGAGACGAGACAGAUAAACAAACGCGUAUCGCUAUUGUAAAUUCGGACAAGUGUAAGCCAAAGCGAUGUCGACAAGAAUGCAAAAGAUCAUGUCCAGUGGUUCGUAUGGGAAAGCUUUGUAUUGAAGUGUCUCCUGAAUCAAAAAUCGCCUCAUUAUCCGAGGAACUGUGUAUUGGAUGCGGUAUUUGUGUGAAGAAAUGUCCAUUUGAAGCCAUUACGAUCAUCAAUGUUCCAAGUAAUUUGGAAAAGCAUACGACUCAUCGUUACUCGAAGAAUUCGUUUAAGCUUCAUCGAUUGCCAGUUCCAAGACCUGGAGAAGUUUUGGGAUUAGUUGGACAGAACGGAAUCGGGAAAUCAACUGCUCUAAAAAUUCUUGCUGGAAAAUUGAAGCCUAAUCUUGGUCGUUUUAAUGAUCCACCGGACUGGACAGAAAUUUUGACUUAUUUUCGUGGAAAUGAAUUACAAAACUAUUUUACCAAGAUAUUGGAAGACGAUUUGAGAGCUUUAAUUAAGCCACAAUAUGUUGAUCAAAUUCCAAAAUCUGUAAAAGGCACAAUUCGUGUUUUACUCGACAAGAAAGAUGAGAGAGAUGUUCAACAACAAAUUUGCAAGCAGCUUGAUUUAUUGCAUAUUAAGGAUCGUGAAAUUGGUGCAUUGUCUGGAGGAGAAUUGCAGCGUUUUGCUUGUGCUAUGGUAUGCAUUCAGAAUGGAGACAUUUUUAUGUUUGAUGAACCGUCAUCAUAUCUUGAUGUUCGACAACGUUUAAACUGUGCUUUGGCAAUUCGAUCACUUAUUCAUCCAGAUAAAUUUAUUAUCGUUGUUGAGCACGAUUUGUCUGUCUUAGAUUACUUGUCUGACUUUAUUUGCUGUUUAUAUGGAGUUCCUGGAUGUUAUGGAGUUGUUACUAUGCCAUUUUCUGUUCGUGAAGGAAUCAACAUUUUCUUGGAUGGUUAUAUUCCAACUGAAAAUAUGCGUUUCCGUACAGAAGCUUUGACAUUCAAGGUCUCAGAAUCUGCAUCGGAAGAGGAAAUUAAGAGAACAUGCCAUUACGACUAUCCACAAAUGAAAAAAUCUCUCGGAUCUUUCUCGUUGACAGUGUGCGAAGGUCAAUUCAGCGACUCAGAAAUUUUGGUAUUACUUGGCGAAAACGGAACUGGAAAAACGACAUUCAUUCGUAUGCUUGCUGGCAAUUUGGAACCUGAUGAAGGAUCUGGUAAACUUCCAAUGCUUCAUGUCUCAUAUAAACCACAGAAAAUUUCACCAAAACAUCAAGGAACAGUCCGACAAUUACUUCAUGAUAAAAUCCGGGAUGCAUACAUUCAUCCACAGUUUAUUGCUGAUGUUAUGAAGCCAAUGAAAAUUGAGGAAAUUAUUGAUCAAGAAGUCCAAAACUUGUCUGGUGGUGAAUUGCAACGUGUCGCAUUAGUUCUUUGUCUUGGAAAACCCGCUUCUGUUUAUCUUGUUGACGAACCUUCUGCCUAUUUAGAUUCAGAACAACGUUUGGUAGCCGCUAAAGUGAUCAAAAGAUAUAUUUUACAUUCGAAAAAAACUGGAUUUGUGGUCGAGCACGAUUUUAUUAUGGCUACAUAUUUAGCAGAUCGUGUGAUUGUUUUUGAGGGAUCACCAUCUGUAGACACGACAGCUCACACACCAGAAGCUCUGCUUAAUGGAAUGAACAAGUUCCUUCAACUCCUAGGAAUUACAUUCCGUCGUGAUCCAAACAAUUUUAGACCGAGAAUCAACAAGGAUAGAUCCGUUAAGGAUGUUGAACAAAAGCGCGCUGGUCAAUACUUUUUCUUGGAAGAUUAA